GUGCACGUACGAGCGUGUGUGUGUAUGUGUGUGUGUGCUAGGACGACGCAGAGGGCGGACGGAUGGACGUCGACCAUACCGGGCGCCAUCGGAGGAGGAAGCUAAGUGUUUAGGUGUCUUAACCGCGGGCCUAAAGUGCUAACAAGGGAUUAGUGAGGUAAAUGUUAAAAGAGGUUUAGCAGCUCCAUGCUUAAGGGGGCCAGCAGCGUUGCUCCAGUAAUUACACAUGAGAGGCGAGAUGCAGAGCCGAGCAGUUGGCCGGCAGAUCACAUGUGAUGUCAGUGCAGGGACGGCUUACCGCAGGAGAUAAGGCCAGCUAAUGGAGAUGAAAUAAAUCUGUAUUUAAAAAGUAUUUUUUUUUAAGUUAAGGCAGUUAGCUGGCCCGCGAGAACGGUAAAGGGGCCACUGGGGUAGUUGUAAGCGAGGCAAGGCCCUGAUCAGUCGGUGAAGUGAGCGAGGUGAAGUGUAGGACGUUUUAACUUCCUUGAGGGAAACCUGUGAUAAGAGUGUGGCCGGGAAACCAGCACCUGAUUCCUGAGCAGCAUAUUUUCAAUUGCUUUAGCUUUUGGGUUUUGGGAUCGAGAUUGACCACAUUUGUACUGCUGCUAACUGGUGUGAAUUUGAGGCUUCGACCACUGUUUGACGGAGGGGGCCGUCAUGACACCGCGGGAGCAGCUGAGGAAGAUGACGGCACUUGGUGAGCAGGGGGCGCUGGAUGAGAAGCACUGGUACCGCCUGGUGAACGGCAUGUCCGCCGGAGAGCUGAGGCAGAGGCAGGAGAUGAUCAUGAGGAACCAGAUGGCCAUGGCUCCACAGAUACUCAGCCAGGGGCAGCAGAGAAUGCACGGGGUCCCCACACAGUUUGAGCCCCGCUUCAUGGAGAGGGAGAUGGUGCCCCCCACAGAGAUGGUAUCUUCUGAAGCCAGACAAAUGCACAUGGCAAACCACCUCGGCCAGCCACUCAUGCCACAUGCCAACGUUCAUCCUGGAAGAAACUUUUCAGGAGCAGCAGGCUAUGGCUUCUUGCCCUCCGAACCCAUGGAAACUGUUGCCCGGCGACAGGAGCUCAUUCAUAAGCAGAACAUAGCCAGGAUGGAGAUGAACGCCAUCCUGCACCAGAAGGAGCUGGAGAAUGCCCACCAGAAGGGGCUGAUGGGAAUGGAGAACCCUCUCAUGUACCAAGCCAACGCCAUGGCCUUCAGGGGCCGCCAGCGCAUGCCCGACGGCCACGACGUCUUCGUGGACCGGCCCUCCCUGGAAGACCUGCACUCCAACAGCAUGGUCAUGUCUUCCAGCCCCUACCCGCCCAUUGGCACCGUGCAUCGGGAGCGAGGGCGUCGGGUGGGGAGGCGGCCCGCCAGCCACAAGAGCACGGAGAGCCACAUGGCCAGCCUGAAGGGCCACGUCGAGGAUAAGGGCGUGGAGCGGAGCCCGGGGACGGCGUCCGGCGAGGAGAAGGACGCGGAAGCAAAGGGUGACGCGGGCGAGGAGGCCGCCGCCCACAAGACGCACCUGCCCAUCAAGAUGGAGUCAGAGCUGUCGGCGGCGGCGAGGAAGAACUACAAGGACGCGGAGCAAGGCCUGAGGAAAGCCUGCGGCAACGGCCAAGACGGCUGCCCGGACGCGGCCAGCAGUGCGGACAAAGACAUGGCCGGCCAGUGCUCGGCUUUUCAGGACAAAUUCAUGUUCCCCGCCGCGGGUGGGAAUCUCACUGGGGUACCGCACAUGUUCCCAGUACCUGGUCUCAUCCAACCUGGUCAGCCCAAUCUCUAUCUCAAUGGGGAAGAGGCCUCCGAAAACAUGAGGAAAUGGACUGUGGAUGAUGUUUCUAAUUUCAUCCACAGCAUACCAACUUGCGCUGAAUACGCCCAGGUCUUCAAGGACCACAUGAUUGAUGGGGAGACGCUGCCUCUGCUCUCUGAAGAGCAUCUCCUGGACACGUUGGGCCUCAAGCUGGGACCCGCCCUCAAGGUCCGAUCCCAGGUGUCGCGGCGCCUGGGCAGCAUGUUCUACAUGAUGAACCUCCCGCUUCCCGCCGCCGCCGCCAAUGCGGCCGCCGCCAUCCAGGCCGCGUCCGACAAGCCCGGCGACAGGUCGUCGGAGGUCGGGUCGCCCGUCGCGUGCAACAGCGAGGAGAUCAUGGGAAGCCCGAGAGAAGCGGACCUCCUCAAACCGGAGCACCUCAACGAGACGGAGAACCACUCCCCUCCUUCUGCGAGCAGCGAGACCGCGUAGAUAGCGUAGGAGAGCCCGAUUUGCGAUGAGUUCUGUAUGCUGUUGUAGGCCUGAAUGGUAGGCCUGUUUGCUGAUUGGUUCAUGAGGCUGGUGGAUGUUUUUUACAUACGUGUUUAUAAUCUGCUUUUAUCGGUUUUACUUGUAAUAGACUGCACAUCUUGCUAUCAGGGAUAACUCACAACAAACAUCAUAUGUCUAUUUUGUUUGCCACAGUACUAAAAGUGAGGUAAAAUGACAUGUAUGCUAUUUUUAGAUUACAAUGGGAAAAGCUUUUUAUAUAUCCGUAAUAUUGGUGUUCACAAAACCGUGAAUUAUUGUACCAUAUAUACUAUUCUGUGUUUAACUCUUUAUUGAGGCUGCUAUUGCUCUUUUCUCAUCGUUUGUACAGAAUUUGAAAUGAUUACAUAUUUUUUAAGUCUUUGUUUAGGAUGAUGAAAAGGAUUUUUACUGUUUGGAAGUGAAAAUCAAUUAAAUCAAUCAAUUCAAUUGGUUUCCGAUGUUUGCAUGUAAAUAAAGACUUUUUCUGUUUA